AUUUAAUCAAAGGAUUAUUCCCAUAAACCCCUGUUUAGUCCUUGGUCCCCUUUCACACUCUUUUUUCCUCUUUUCACUGCUCAAAGUCCACAAUCCAGUGUACUCUCCAGUCCCCCUCUCUCUUUCUCCAUAUUUUGUAUCUGAGAGACUGAGACCCAUUUCACUACCCUUUUUUUCUUUUGUUCUACGCUUACAGGAGGGAGUGUUUGUUUGUUUGUGUGUGUGUAUAGAUAUAGAUCAAUACAUAAGGGAAUAUAAUGAGAGGGCCAUUGGGAGCUGUGAUUGGGAAGUACCCUUCAAGUGAUGGGAAUGGGGAAGUGAGUAGUGGUGAUGGGAUUAUAAAGCACAACAGGAAAUGCAGAGAUGUGGUGUUUCUGCUCAUCUUCAUUGCUUUCUGGGUGGCUAUGAUAGUAAAUUCCAGCUUUGGAUUCAACCAAGGAAACCCAUUAAGGUUGACUUAUGGACUGGACUAUAAAGGCAACGUUUGUGGUGACAGACAUGCAGACCCGAACCUUCACGAGUUGGACCUCAGAUAUUGGUUAAAUCCCAACGAAGUUUAUCAAAGUGGCUCGAAGGACAGUGAUGUCAAGCUUGCUAAUGCCCGAAGUAUUUGCUUGAUGGACUGCCCUAUCCCGUCAGAAGAUUCACUAAAUUGGGUUUGUGACUAUCCCGAGGGUGACAUUCGUCUUGCAGUUGAUGACUGGAUUGAUAGAAACUAUGAUUAUUUUGCUGACCUUACUCCUGAAUUAAGGAACGCGUCCCUUCAGCUUCAGGGUCCUUGUUACCCUGUCAUAUUUCCUAGCGUUAAUGUUUAUUGGAGCUGCCAAUUUAUUGCUCGGGCAUCAAAUGUGUCUUUGCGGCAUUGGAAGGAGAUGGGUGGGAUUGAAAUUUUUGAGGAUAUUAUAAUAGAUAAAGCAAUUCAUAGGUCCAUCAACUCCCGAUCAUCAGUCUUUAAGCGAUACGUUGCUGAUGUUGGAAAAUCGUGGCCCAUCUUGAUUGUUUGUGGAGGAAUUUUGCCGGUGUUCCUGUCUGUUAUCUGGCUUUUGUUGAUUCGACACUUUGUUGCUGCGAUGCCAUGGAUAACUGUUGUCCUAUUUAAUAUUGUCAUUAUAUCAGUAACGAUGUUCUACUAUUUAAAAGCUGGAUGGAUUGGAAACGAUGCUAUCUCUCCGAUCAUUGGCGAGUCGGACCCGUAUUAUCGUGUAUCUGCAAGGGAGCUAACUCAUCUCCAUGUUGCUGCUGUUAUUAUGACGGCUGUUAUGAUCAUUGCUGUGUUAUCGUCUAUAGCUAUAGUCCGACGCAUCCUCAUGGCAACAUCUGUUCUCAAGGUUGCUGCUAAAGUCAUUGGAGAAGUACAGGCGCUAAUUAUUUUCCCCAUUGUUCCAUACGCUAUUCUCGCCAUCUUUUACAUGUUCUGGUUUUCAGCGGCUUUGAAUCUUUUCAGUUCUGGGCGGGUUGUCCAGAACGACUGCAGCAACAACUGCUGUUCGUAUGAUCUUAAAGUGAAAAGGGUGACUUGUGAUCGUUGCUGCGGCUACAGCAUCCAAUAUACGCCACAUAUUGCUGCUGCGAUUAUUUUCCACCUAUUUGGCUGCUAUUGGGCUACUCAAUUUUUCGUGGCAUGCUCCUCAACUAUCAUUGCGGGCUCCGUUGCUUCAUAUUAUUGGGCUCGAGGCGAAAAAUCGCUGGAGAUUCCGUUUCUCCCGGUUGUCUCGUCAAUGAAGCGUCUUAUGCGUUAUAGCCUGGGUUCUGUUGCUCUUGGUUCUGUGUUGGUUUCGUUUAUCGAGCCUAUCCGUUUCAUACUUGGAGCAAUUCGCCGCAGGCUUAAAACUUCUAAUUCUACACCGGAGAGCUGGCCGGGAAAGAUGGCAUUUCAUACUUCUCAGGGUUGCUUGAGAGGUGUUAGCUGGAUCAUGAAAUCUGUGAACCGUAAUGCUUAUAUAAUGAUAGCUAUUACAGGGAAGAGUUUCUUCAAAGCUUCUGAAAUUGCAACAGAACUCAUUAUAAGUAACGUGCUUCGGAUAGGAAAGGUGAAUGUGAUUGGCGAUGUUAUUCUCUUUCUCGGGAAGCUACUCGUGAGUCUUGUGAGUGCUUUGUUUGCUUUUCUCAUGCUGGAUACUCACAAGUACAAGUCCUCGAAUCACAAGAUCUCGUCCCCGCUAUUUCCUGUGCUGGUGUGCUGGGGGAUUGGCUAUGUUGUGGCGACCCUUUUCUUCUCGGUGGUUGAGAUGUCGAUCGAUACUAUAAUCCUUUCGUUUUGCCAAGACUCGGAGGAGCACCAUGGGACUGCCCAGUUUGCGCCCCCGCUUUUGAUGGAGACUUUGGACAGCCAAAAUGAGAUGCAGAGACUCACGCAAUGACCAUUUUGAAACAGUCUACACCCCCAUUGUAGUGUAGUAUCAUCCCCCAACAUUGUCUUAGCUUAAUGUAACACUUCUUUGUAGGUGAAAUUGGCUGGUGCUCCUUUUAUAAGCUCUGGUUUGGUCCUUGUUGGUUGCUUUCUGCCCCUUGUUUCUUUCUUCUUGACUCGUAUACUAACUGUAUAUAGUUUCAACUUUCAAGUCAAGAUCUUCUUCCAGCUUA